AUGUCAAAGCAGCUAUCUCAAAAUUAUAUCAAACUUGGAAGUCAUUCUGAAAAACAGGUAGUUGCCAAAGCUAUUUCUGGAGAUGUAGUUAAGAAGUAUAAAGUCCUGUCCAAACAAUAUGUUCUAUCUGAAAAAAGAGAGCGUAAAGUGCAAUUGGAAUCAAAAUUAUUAAAUAUACAGAGGAAAAACAGAUCUAAUAGAAUUUCAGAAGAUGUGAAAUUGAAUAUCAUCAAUUUCUUGGAACAAGAUUGCAACAGUCAUAUGUGUGCUGGAAAAAAAGAAACUGUAACAAAGAAAAAAGUAAAGAAACAGAAAAGCACUGAACAUUUUUUGGAAGCAGUUUGCUGUGACAAAUACAAUGAAGAGUGUACAAGUCGCAAAUGUAAGAAUUGUAAAGAUCAAAAAAUAGUUUACGGAGAAUUCGACAAUAAUAUCAAAAUUAAUGUUAUGAAGUGGGAAAAUGUAUGUGAACAGGCUAAACACACUUACACAAGUUCAGAGUCAGAGAAUGAACGCGAAAUUCAAACACCCAAAGAAAACAUCGAUCCAAAUACUUCAAGUAUAAAUUUUGAUGCUGUUGAAGAUCACGUUGAGACAACUAGCUCAUCUAACAUUCUAAGAAAAGAAAAUGUAACUUAUCACAAUGGCGACUAUAUUCUUGUUAAAUGUAGCUCUAAAAAUACAGAAUAUAGAUAUGUUGCUGUGUGUAUGGGAGAAGUAGAUGAAGAAGAUGGCAAAAUUAGAGUUACAUUUUUAAAAACCACUGGUAAUGAUGGUAAACUAUUUAAAAUUGAUGAUAAUUGGUAUGAUCUGCCAGUUGAAGAUAUACUUCUAAAGUUACCUCAACCUUCUUUAUUACUCAAAGGAGAACGUAUUUUUUAUAAGUUCCCAAAUGCUUUAGAUGUAUUCGAGAAAUAG